AUGAGUCAAUCUUUGAUAGUACCCAACUACGCCUUUACACAUCAAGAAGGAGGUAUUCAUUCUUGGGUGUCUUUGACCCAUCCUAUUCACCCUGCAAUCGAACGUAGUUACAAUAUCCUCAAGGUUUACUUUCGAGAGAUUGUGUUUGUAGAACAGGAUGCUCUCAAGGAUCCUGAAAAGUUGUCGACUGUACUGCAAGCCUUGAGUGAAUCAGAAAAAUUGAAGCAAAUCUCUGAGAAGUUAACGAUGGCGAAAUCAAUGACCUCGUUCGCCAAAUGGGAAGAAAUUCACAAGACGGUUGGACAAGAGAUUAAAAACAUCGAUCGAAAGGCUAACUCUAGCUUCAGUGAUCAAAGAAGGAGCCAAAGACUAAAGGAAGCACUGAUCAAUAUUCAAUUACAUUGCACAUAUCGUAGAAUCGAUUUAAAAGUUUCUAAAAAUAUGAACCAUCUUUUGAAAAGUCCGUUUUGUGUAAAUCCUGGUACAGGUAAAGUUUGUGUACCUAUCGAUCCUACUCAAAUUCAUGCAUUCGAUCCAGAAAAAGUUCCAGAUGUUAGAGACCUUUUAAGACAAUUAGAAAAAGUUAAACUCAAUCAAACUGGAGAAGGACCUCAACAAAGUAAUCAACCUAAUUGGGAGUAA